AAUAUCAAUACAGAAACAAGAAAGAAGAAAAAAAGUCGGUUUGGCUGUUUCCUUCUCUCUUCAUCCUUAUCAGAAAUUAAAACCUCCAUUUGAAAGAAAAAAGAUAGAAAACGUUUUUCUCCUGCUGCUUGUGCUUUUGCGUAUUCUCGAAGAAAAUCGAUUUCAGUGCUCGGAUCGAUGGCGUCGGAUCGGGUCAACUCGGGAUCGAAAGGCUUCGAUUUCGGUUCCGAUGACAUCCUCUGCUCUUACGACGACUUCACCAAUCAGGACCACCCCUCUAAUGGUUCCAACUCCGAUCCUGCGAUCGCUGCCAAUAAGGAGUUUCACAAGACGAGGAUGGCGAGGUCUUCAGUUUUCCCUACAAGCUCUUCUUACACUCCACCGGAGGAUUCUUCGAGCCACGACGUUAACGCAACUGUCGAAAGGACCAUGAAGAAGUACUCUGAGAACAUGAUGCGCUUUCUCGAAGGCAUCAGCUCUCGCUUGUCACAGCUCGAACUCUACUGCUACAAUCUUGAUAAGACUAUUGGUGAAAUGCGAUCUGAUUUGACUCGUGAUAACGAGGAGGCUGAUGUUAAGCUUAGAUCUAUGGACAAACAUCUUCAAGAGGUGAAUAGGUCAGUUCAGGUUCUUAGAGACAAACAAGAGCUAGCUGAUACGCAGAAAGAGCUAGCGAGGCUUCAACUUGUGCAGAAAGAUUCGUCUUCCUCUUCACAUGGUGAGGAGCGGGUUGCUACUCCUGUUCCUGAGGCUAAGAAGUGCGACAACGCCUCAGAUGCACAGAACAACCAGCUUGCACUUGCUUUGCCUCACCAAAUAGCACCACAGCCACCAGUGCAGCCACAGCCACGGCCACAGCACCAGCAGUAUUACAUGCCUCCUACUACACAGCUUCAAAACACACCUCCACCAGCGCCACCAUCUCAACCUCAAGCACCACCAGGGCAGGCUCAGUUCAUGCCCCCACCUCCUGCUCCAUCCCACCCAAGCUCAGCUCAAACUCAGUCAUUCCCGCAGUACCAGCAAAACUGGCCUCCUCAGCCGCAGGCGAGGCUACAGUCCAGUGGAGCUUACACAACAUACUCGCAUGCGCCACCAAGCAACCAAUCUCCAGUAGAACAGUUGCCAAGCAGCAUGCAGAUGCAAUCGCCAUACGCUGGACCUCCUCAACAGUCGAUGCAAACUUACGGAUACGGUGCACCGCCACCACAGGCUCCGCAGCAGACAAAGAUGUCUUAUAACCCCCAGACAGGCGAUGGUUAUCUACCCGCGGGGCCUCCUCCUCCUCCCGGGUAUACCAAUGCCAUGUAUGAAAGUGGGCGGAUGCAAUACCCACCACCAGCUCAGCAACAUCAGCAACAGCAAGUUCAUUAUAUGCAAGGUCCACAAGGUGGUGGGUACGCUCCUCAGCAGCACCAGGCAGAUGGUGGUAACACCGGGACACCACCUCCUGUGUUGAGAUCGAAAUAUGGUGAAUUGAUAGAGAAGCUAGUGAGCAUGGGGUUCAGAGGAGACCACGUGAUGGCGGUGAUUCAGCGGAUGGAGGAGAGUGGCCAAGCUAUAGACUUCAACGCCCUCCUUGACAGACUGAACGUGCAGUCUUCAUCAGGUGGGCCUCCCAGAGGGUGGUGAAGCCAUUGUUGGCUCCUCUACUCCACAAUAUAAACUGCUUCCUUCCUUAUCAAGGCUUACGUUUAUAGGCCCUAGUUUUAUUGGGUCUGUUUGUUGUGUAUCUUAAUUUAUGUUUCCUCCUUUAUGCCCUA